AAGAACUGUGAUGCUCAAUCUCCCGUGAUGCAAGCUGAUGCAGAACAUGGAGGCUGAUGGAAAGUCAGUAUUAAAAUAGCAGAACAGGGGAAGGUCAAAACAUUGAAGAAAUCUAGGAAGGACAUUGUAACAAAAUGUAAAUUGCAUACAUUUUGCUGUUUGUUCAUUUUGCCUUCAGAAGUUGUGGAUCCAUCACUGGAGAUUUUUAAGAGAUUGGACAACCAUUUAUCUGAAACAGUAUAGGAUCUCCUGCUUAAGCAGGGGAUUAGAUAAGACAUUCCACCCUUCCAACUGUUAUUCUAUUAUCUUGGUAGCUUGAACAAAAAUACAUGCUUCAAUUGACUAAUUGCAAGCCAACUGACAAAGUAGUUCAAAAGUUCAACUUCUGCAAUUUACAGUUAUUACUUAUUCUACUAACUUCAUCACUCACUACUACAUUUCCUUCUACUGGACAAUCCAAAGCCCGCUUAUGAAGCAUCCAUCUAUUUGGUGUGCUUUUCCUGUCUAUGUGAGAUGAUGCAAUAAUUGCCUUUUAUAGUAGCUUUCCCUCAGUAGUCUUACGCAACUUAGCUACCUCUUUGACGUUAUGUGUCAUUCUGUCCUCGAGCUGGUUCUUAGUUUUACACAAUUUCCACUGGGCUGAAUAGAAAUUCCGCUUGACAAAAACACUUCCAAGUCGCGGUCGAAUUUCCCAGCCAUGCUUUGCGCAAGAGUCUAACUUCUAGAUUCUUUUAGCCCCUUUUCAUGCAUUUAAGAGCUUUCCCAGUCCAAGCUAGGAGGAAUUGGGCACGGCAGCCUCUUCCUUCCUGCCCAGAAGGACAUUAUACGCUCUGAACCCCAUCUCCCUUACGCCCACCCCCACGGGCCGCCCAUCUAGGGCUUCUCCUCUUCCUCCGCCCCGAUCACACCUGGGAGGGUGGAGCGAGGAGAGCCGUCGCCCUUCCAUUGGCUUGUUUCCUGUGGGGUGAGUGGGGUGGAUCUCCCCGCCAGGCUAAGCGGGGAGCAUCGUUGCUUCGCCAGACGGGAAAUGGCAGGCUAGACGGUCUUCUUUGGACCGUCGCGCUACUACGCUUCCCUGCAUGCUUCUGGCCCGCCGAACGCUGGGGGAAGGGGAUGGAAUCGCUCGGUGCACUCUGGGAGUUGUAGGAGCGGCAAACAGAGCCCUGCUCACUUCCCAUCGGCCCUUGCGCCCUGCUGCCUGGGGCGGAGGCGGAGGAGGGAGGAGGGGGAGGAGGCGGAGGCGCAGAGAGGUGGCGUUGCGGCAUCCAGCGGCAGACGUCGGCCGGGGUUACUCGGAGCCGCGGAUUUACUCAGCCUGAGGCCCUUCCCGCCGCUGUCGAUGUGAGCAAGGCGGCCCUCAGGGAAGGACAGGGAGGGCGGGCGGGGCCGUGUGUGGGUGGGGCCGGCUCGGUGGGGAUCCUGCCUUCUUCCCGCUCGGCUCCAGAGGAACGGCGCGACUGAAAGCGCUGCUUCUCGGAGAGUAAGGUGUUGCGUCAACGGUACCGCCGGCCUCUACCCAGCCUGGCCCGACCUGGGCUGCCGCCGCCUCCUCCUCCUCCCUCCGCUCCCAGCGCCUCUCCUUGAGCCGUUGCUGUCAGGCCGGCGCGCACGCGCGCCAUCUCAGCCGCCUGCCGGCACGCGCCGAAACCACAAGCAGCGAAGCCGGCGCGCCCGCAACUUUAGCCCGGAGCCUCCUCUCUCCUCCUCCUCGAGUAACAUCGAGACGCGAAAGCCUGCGCCCGAGCGAAGUUACCCACGCAAAGGCAACUGCGGAGAUAUGAAGAUCAAAGAUGCCAAAAAACCAUCUUUUCCAUGGUUUGGAAUGGAUAUUGGUGGAACGCUAGUGAAACUUGCAUAUUUUGAACCUAUAGAUAUUACUGCAGAAGAAGAGCAGGAAGAGGUUGAAAGUCUGAAGAGUAUUCGCAAAUAUUUAACAUCAAAUGUGGCCUAUGGGUCCACUGGUAUUCGAGAUGUCCACCUUGAACUUAAAGACUUGACACUGUUUGGACGAAAGGGAAAUUUGCACUUUAUCAGAUUCCCAACGCAUGACUUGCCUACUUUUAUUCAAAUGGGAAGAAAUAAAAACUUUUCCACACUACAUACGGUGCUUUGUGCCACUGGUGGUGGUGCUUAUAAAUUUGAAGAAGAUUUUCGCACAAUUGGAGAUCUUCAGCUGCACAAAUUGGAUGAACUUGAUUGUCUCGUCAAAGGCUUGUUGUAUAUAGAUUCUGUCAGUUUUAAUGGCCAGGCAGAAUGCUACUAUUUUGAAAAUGCAUCAGAACCUGAAAGAUGCCAAAAGAUGCCUUUUAACUUAGAUGAUCCAUACCCUUUGCUGGUUGUAAACAUUGGCUCAGGAGUCAGUAUUUUAGCAGUUCAUUCCAAAGACAACUACAAGAGAGUGACCGGAACAAGUCUAGGUGGCGGGACCUUUCUUGGUUUGUGCAGUUUACUGACCGGAUGUGAAAGUUUUGAAGAAGCUCUAGAAAUGGCAUCCAAAGGCAACAGCACGCAAGCUGACAAGCUGGUCCGGGAUAUUUAUGGGGGAGACUAUGAACGGUUUGGCUUACCAGGAUGGGCAGUGGCAUCUAGCUUUGGGAAUAUGAUCUACAAAGAGAAACGGGAGUCUGUCAGCAAAGAAGACCUGGCUAGAGCAACCUUGGUUACUAUCACCAACAACAUCGGAUCUAUAGCACGAAUGUGUGCUGUAAAUGAGAAAAUAAACCGUGUUGUCUUUGUUGGUAACUUUCUACGUGUGAAUACUUUAUCAAUGAAGCUUUUGGCAUAUGCACUGGAUUACUGGUCCAAAGGCCAGCUGAAAGCUUUGUUCCUUGAACAUGAGGGGUACUUUGGAGCAGUUGGUGCCCUCCUUGGAUUGCCAAAUUUCAGCUGAAGCUCAAAGUACCACAAUACUGAAUUGUUCUCUACCUUUCUGGCAUUAUUACAUAAUUGUUUUUAUAUCAACUGGAAGAGCGGAAGGGCUGCAGUCUUUCUAUAAAUGUCUUUAACAGAAGGAUAAAACUAUCUCAUUGUUGACAUCUGGGUGCUCCUAUAAGAAGCACUUGGUAGUGGAGUUGAAUCUCUAAUCCAUUUCAUCAACAUUCUCCAACUUGAUACCCCUUCUAAUUUCUCAGCUAGUAUAGCGGUUAAGUAUGUUGGUUGCGAUACAUAAAUAAAGGAUAUCAAGCUGGGGAAUGCCGUAAUAGACAUUUAAUACUCAGCAUAUGUCUUAAACUCAAAGACAUAAUCUUAACUGUCUAGACCCUUCAAUACUAAUCCUGUUUUGCUUCAAAACUAUUCUUAAGCAAUUGGAUUGCAUGUAAUUGGACAAGGUUUGACAUAGCCUUGUGCUCAGAGUUCAUUUAGAUUUCCAGUCAACUCCAAAACUUCAUGAUUGUAGCCAUGAAUGAAGAAAGGAUCUUUGAUGCAAGGUAUUGUGUUUCAAUGCAAGUAAGUUACAGCAUGUUGAAAUACUUAUUCAGGCAUCAGUGUUAAGUUUCCAAACAUUAAACGUAAAAACAUCAGCAACGGUUUUGUACAAUUGAUUUAAUGAAUUAAACAAUCAAGCACGUGUGUGUAACUACCAAGGGUAUAAACCAGACGUUACUUUCAGCAGUUUCAAAAAGUGACAGUAAAAAAAUAUCCAUAUAUCUCAGAAUUACUUCUGUAAACAGUGCCAGCAGAUACGACUGAAAUCAAAGCAGCAGUGGUGUGGCAAAGGCUGGAAAGACAGAUCUAAUAAGACGUCUUUGGUGUGACUUCCCAACUCCAAGAAAGUGAGUUGAUCUCAUUGAACCUUUAUUGACUAAGAAUAUUAAGUUGGGACUAGGUUGUGUCCUUAAACCAUUAUGGCAGCUAUAGAGGUUGAACUGCAGAGUCAACAGUUCCAGUCUUUUCAUUGUACCCAAGUAAACUGUUCCAGUGGUGCAACAGUGUGGCCUUGAGAUAAACUCCUAUACUUACUUUAUGCCAUUUGAGAUCCAGUUGUGAAGUUUACAAUAGUGGCGUAUUUAAUAGACUGCUGCAACAAAGCUUACUGUAAGACCUCAGCAAAAAAGAAUAAUCUCAGAAAAGAAACUUUCUAUGCACAAGGAUGUAAUUAUUGUAUCCUGGAGGAAUAUGCAGUUACCCAAUCCAUGAAUUAAAUUUUCUAGAAGGGAAUCUACCCCUGUCUGGAAUUCACCUGAGUUUUAGGUACUGCUUAUUUUACUUGUUAAGAUGAUAUACUAUUUUGACACAUGAAUAUUUCAUACAGCAAUAUCUAUAUGAAAAUAACUCCAGCAUUCUUGGAAUUUUGGUUGGUUUAGGUGUUUUUUUAAAAAAAUCAUUUGUCUAUAAUUAUAUUUCAAUGCUUAGGAUUAGUAAUUGGCUUGUAGUAUGUAGCAAUCACUUAAAAAUAUUUUCUGCUUUUAGAAUUUUGAAAUGAAUUAUCUCUUUAUAGCACAGGGCAACAUCCAGAGAUUGUAUGUAUCUCACUGGUUUGAGGAAAUCAGAAAAUACAACUUCAGUAAAACAAAACAAAAAAAAUCUCAUCAUAGAAACAUUAUACUUGAUUAUUUUAACCCCAGCCCAUUUCACAAAGUAUAACGAUUAAUUCCAAAUUCAUACCAGGAAAUUAAAAAAAUAUUGUUUUUUUCAUUUUGAGUUUUGAAACAACAGAAGUGAACAGUUAUUGUCUGCCUUUCCUGUUGUGAAGAGAUAUUUUUGGCACUACUAAAACUACUAUAUAUCAUAGUUCAACAGAUUUAGAUCAUGGUAACAUCGUAGUUUGGAAUAAGCCCCAUAAAUGAAUGCAUUGGCAAUUUUUAUGUUAGACAAUUUCUAUUUUUAUUUUUGCAUUAUAUAAUUGCAUUUAUAAGAACAGCACUUUUACAAAAACGCCAUUGCAAUGCUACAAAAUUCUGUCAUUGUUUAUGUGAAUUCAUGCUGUUAGCAAGCUCAUCUAGCACUGUUGUAAGAAGCUUUUUUGGUUUGGGAGUAGCAGAGAUUUUUCCCGAAAAGGUAAAGGAGCACUCAGCUUUUUGGGGAGAGGAGAAAAUGUUUGGUAAGCCAGGAGGGGGACUUCUUUUUUCCUUUCCUUCAGAGGUUCCGAGUGUGGCGCCUCUUUAGUCCCAACAGUUAACACGAGUGCCUUAAGGUUCCUUUUGGCGGUUUCAGUGACAUACUGAGCUUUUUCUGAUUCUGAAUAUUGGCAGCUUUCAAACAAAAUUCGCCCAUGAUAUUGCAUUUUUUCUCCCCCCCCCCCCCAAUUUUAUUUUCAGUUUUAGUCCUAAAGUCCUUUCUGGUAAUUACAAUGUUCUACCUCUGGGCUUAGGGGAUGUAUGGAUAGAUUGAUAAACACAAUCUCUCAAAAUAAGAGCACGCUGGCUGCUAAGGAGACAGUUUUUAUUUCUUAAGACAGAUCAUGUGCUGUUGGAGCUAAUAAAAUUUUCAGGAGUGAUUCCAUUAAGGCAGUGGUUCUCAACCUUUCUAAUGCCGCGACCCCAUAAUACAGUUCCCCAUGUUGUGGUGACCCCCAACCACUUAUACAUCACCGGGUGCCAGGGGCGUGGCCAAAGAAAAGGGGGAAAAAAUGGCGGACAGCCUUGUCUGGCGACCCCCGUGAAAUGGUCGUUCGACCCCAAAUGGGGUCCCGACCCACAGGUUGAGAACCACUGCAUUAAGGUAUAGUUGGAUAAGGUGUCUCAUAUGACCGUCCCUUAUUAACUACUGAAUUUGAGCAUUAAUGGACCAGUCUUUUCCUCCCCUACAUUCCUUGAUUUAGUUCUCAUUUUUAUAUUGCUUUUUUAAGCAUUCCAUGAAAAACACAAGAUGGUAUAAAAACCAGAUCACUCCUUUUAUCCAUUUCAGAAUAUAACAAGAGUGGUCCUGUUGAUUUGUUAUAAGGCUGCAGUGUGGAUUGAUUGCACAGUCUUUUUGAAUCUCACUGAUAAAAUGGAUUGAGAGUAGCGUGUUGGCUCUUUUCACUCUACUGCUCCUUAUAUCUUCAAUAGUCAGAUUGUAUUGUGACCGAUUGCAAAUUCUGUUUACUGUUUUGCCAACCCCAAGCAUUAUAAAAUCUUACAAUUUGAUAGAAUGCAUAUAAAACCAAACUGCAUUUGAUCAGUGUUCCUUACGUAUUUUGGAUUUGGUUUGUUGGCUGCAAUGGAAAUGUUUCAGGUUUAGCACGAUGUAGUUUAAGAUGAUCAUCUCCAAAAUACGCAUCAAAACAUUGUUAGCUGUGGGGUGGUUUUUGCUUUUUUUGUUUUGUUUUGUUUUGUUUUGCAAUAUGCUUUCAUGGAAUAGAUGUGAACCAGCAACAUGCUGAAUUUUAAUGUAUAUGUACUUCUAUGACACCGUUGAUUUUUAAAGUUAGGUCUUUGGAUUAAAAAAAAUGAUUUUACUUAGAGCCAGUUGAAUAAUCAGUCUCCUAACUAUUAAUGAAUUGUUUUGUAAAUAGUAUAGUUAUAAUUUAAGUGCUGAAUUCAGUAUGUUUUACUAGGUAAUUGCAUAAUUUAGAAUUUUUAGCUUUCUAAAAAGUCAGCCUCCUUUUAGGAUCCAGGAUUUUUGUUCUUAAAUGGAAAUUAAAUAAUGCUGUAUGGAUGGUAGAAUUUUAAAAAGUAGAUAGGGAUUAUGACUAUAAAGUAAUGUGUCAUUAAAAGUGAUACCUUUCACUACCAUUCUAAUGAGCUAUAAUAAAUCUAGCUUUACUUUAAGUAUAGAAUUUUGAUAAAACACAAUGAACAUUCUUACUUCUUUGAGCGAUACUUCCCCCUCUGCCUCUCCCAUCCCUAUCCUUGUUGUCCGCAUGUUAAACAGUAGCAUCAACGUAUUUAUACCUGUUGUAAAUUAAAAGUAACUUAAGCUUUGCAAACCUUCUGUUUUGGGAAACAAAGACCCUUCCUUGAUUCAGAAGCGACCUCCUUUUAAGUAUGUUUUAUUGCAUUGCAACACAAUAUAAGUGUUCUUACUCCAAAUAAUAUUCUUUAUUAUCAAAGGGGAAAUUAGUAGGAAGCCUGCAAGCAAGCAUACUAAGGUAAACACCUUAGCAAUUUUUUUCCUUAAAAAUUAACAUUUUGGGACAUGUUAGAGAUGCAAGAAGUAUCCUUGGUCAGUUGUUGGUCACGUGACUCAGACGUGCAUUAAUCAAUCUAUUUCUAAAGGUUUUGCCAAAUAUUUGAACACAAGCCUUACUUCUACAAAUGAUGAUGAUUCACAUCUCUUACUAGCUUUACUGUGUAUUUUGUACAUAGGGGACAAAUGGAGAGGAAUCCAGAAAGCUGCCUUUUAUUAAUUCAGAAUGUUCUCCAUCUUAUUCAGUAUUACCAACAUGGACUGGCAGCGUUCUUCCUCAUUGGGUCAGUUAGGGGUCCUUAUCAGUUUUACAGCCCCUCUAUUCUUCACCUGCAACCUCUGGGUUACUUGAAACUAAACUAUGAAAGGAGUGCCUCAAUUACUUAACCACAACUAGAACUUCUCAUGAAACAUAAGGCUGAGAACACCAUAACUUUGUGCGCCCACGCUACGGGAAGGUUAAGAUCAGUUUGGCUUUACAGUAUUUUUAUCCUUGGUAUGAUGUAGGCCAGUUUGAUAUAGGACAAGAACUAGUGCUGCCUUAUCUAAAUAGGAAAGCAACAGCAUAGAACUCCAUCCUCAGUCACACCCUUUGAAUUGUACUGGACUGCUUCAUGAAAAAGCAGAAUUCACAGCUUUGGGUUGCACAACAUGUGCCCAAGGACCUGCUUCUAAAGUAACACCUGGAACUUGUUCUAAUAAGAGUUUGGGAGAGAGGCAAAGCUGUGGAAAGGAAUUCUGGUUACCUUCCAGAUGGGUUGGACUGCAGCUUCCCUUAUUUCAAAGGUUUGAACGCUGGGUUCCCAACAAAGAGUAUUUAAAAAUACUCUAGCAAGCCCCAGUUCAAACAAUUUGGCCAGAGGAAAGGGCGCUGUGUGUGUGUGUGUGUAUAAGCACAUGAGUCCUGUUCCUUGUUUGCUUUGUGCUAAAUCACAUUCAACUGUUAAAAUGAAAAACUUGCAACAGUCCUGGAAUUGUAGCUACCUUUAUGUACUGAACAGUUAAGGGUUCUUAAUAAUGAAAUAACGAUUACUUUAAAUGUAUUAGCCAAUAAAUGGGAGAAAAAGUACUGUAAAUGGCAAUCUCUUCUAUUCCCUCCCUCCUUCUCACUUUUUUCUGCUUCCUUUCUACUUUCUCAGACUAGAAAAAUGAGGGAGAUGUGUAGCAGGAUAUAGGCAGCACGGUAGGAAGGAUUAGGCCCAGGAGCUUCCUGAAGGGGGUGCAAAAACAUAUCCAUACCUCCUUAUGGCUUUGGCCUCUCCUUUUGGACAGGAGAAGUUUCCUGGCAGAAGGGCAGUUCCCUACCUGGCUACCCUGAAUUCUCCCUUGUGUUUCUGCCCAAAUGUCUCUAAGGUAAAUGCCAGGAGGCAGCUAUACUCUGGCCGAUAAUGCCACUGCUGCUGCUGCUCUUUCUUAAUAAUUCACCUGCUGAUUCAUCCUAGUCUUUGGCCUGUUAGAAGGAGGGAGGGAAGGAAGGAAGGGAGAACAAUAUCAUUCCCACAAAUGAUCUACUUGGGCCUAGUCACCAUCACCACCAGGCCACUGAGCAAAAGAGGGGAUGAUGUGGCUGCUUCUCUGAUGGUGAAAUAUUUUUUGCGUACCAUAUUUUGUGCCCUCUUUUUGUUAAGGUGUCCUGAAGGGAGGUAGAAGUAGACUACAAAUGACAUAAGCAGGCUUUAUGAAAUGCUUGUUUAAAGUCAAAUGUAGGUAAGACCCUUAGUGGCCCUAUAUGAGGGGCAUGGAGAGAAACAAUCACAAAUUAGUCUAAGAUAAAACUAUUUCUCUUGAUCUUACUUCAGGCUCUGCAUUUUGUAGUCAAGAGUUUGUCAUAAAACACUGUAAUUAGCAUAUGUGUGAUAAAAUAACAGAAUUUUAUUUCCAGAGUUUCAAAGUUUCCUAAGUUUAUCAGUCAUUGUAGUUCAGGUGUAUUUGUGCAAAGACCAUGAUUUAACCAACUUAUCCCAUAUUACCGUAUAUGCCGGCGUAUAAGACGACUUCUGGAAGCGUAAACUCGGCGCCAAAGACGGGGGUCGUCUUAUACGCCGGAAAUACUGGUAGUUUCCGGCGUAGAAGACAACGUUCUAGGAAUGCGGCUUGGCGAUAAAGACGGGGGUCGUCUUAUAUGCCGGGUCGCCUAAUACGCCGGCAUAUACAGUAAUUGAAUCCAUUGCUAAUGUUCCCUACCAUUUUUAUUGUGAAAAGAAUUUUUUAAAAUUUCUAUUGUAUUUUGGUUAAACCUUUCAUUCCAUAAAACUAACUAAAAAUUGCAGACAGAGUUUUUCUGGAAUCAGAAGGAAUUUAACUAUUCAUUUUAGCAGUGAAAAGAAACGCAUUUUAAGCAAUAGUUAACAUGCUGCAGUUAGUGAUAAUUACUGAGGUUUUUUUUUUUAAAAAAAAAAGGUUUCAUAGAUGGCCUGGUUUCAAUAUUGAGAACACUUUAAUAUCCAUGUUAUUUAGAAAUAGAGAAGAUACCCUUCAUAUUUCCCAGCAAAGUUGGCAUUUUAACUUUUUUUUAAAAAAAAAGAAAAAAAAUCUUAAGUGACUAAAAUUGUAUCUAGAAACUCCCAUGACAAGCUCUUAUUUCCAAAAUGUGUAUAUAAUAUACUGUGAGAACCAUUUGUCAUAUAUUGCCUUAUUCUGUUGCAGUAAACUCACUGUCUAGGCUUUUUAGGAUUUUGACAAUGGUGUGAAAAUGUACGUUUUGCAAAUUUAAAUCAUAGUUACUAAAUUAUUUAACAUAUAUUUUGUAAAUUGUUUUAAUUUAUUUUGAAUGUCAAAGCUUUUCUGUACUGUUUUCGUGCAACCAAAUAAUGGAAACCUAUGCUGCAUUCAUUCCCGUCAGAAUUGUAUAAAAAUUCCUGACAGCUUGCAUGAGUAAAUGUGAAAUCUAAUUUUGUUGUUCAAUAAUGGGCUUUUUUGUGUGUGUGUUUUCCUAGCUUUAGUGUUCUGUAGACAGAAUUUUAUUUUUUUUCUAAAUAAAAGUCGAAUGGAUGGUUCCCUCUACCA